UUUACAGUAAAGAGCUUUCAGAAGUGAAAGGACUGGAUUAUGGAUGCAGAUUUAUUUAAGAUAAGAUUCAUUUUAAGACUAAAAUAUGKUGAAAAUAUAUAUUUAAAAAAUGUAACAGUUUUGUAGCUGAUGACUCACUCUGCACGCUGCUGGAGUUAUAAAUUAUUUAAAUAAGUUCAGAGAAACAGCAGACAGCGGUAAUGACAUYCCUCCACCGCCCGGCGGCAGCAGAGAGCGCGGGAGGCGGUGAACUCACCUGAUUAAAACCCACGAAGAAGACGAAGCCUCGCCAUGGCGGAAGCAGAGCAGCAGGCAGAUGAAGCAGCUGACGYCAGGACCUUCGUCAUCCCCAGGAAGGAGAUCAGCAUGGUUCCUGACAUGGGGAAGUGGAAACGCUCUCAGGCGUACUCGGACUACAUGGGUUUCAUUCUGACCCUGAAUGAAAGUGUGAAAGGAAAGAAGCUGACGUGUCAGUAUCAAGUGUCUGAG